AUGGGUAAGAAAAUAUCAGAAGGUGAGCUUUGUGAUAUUCAACAAGCGAUGGGUCAACAACCCGCAACAGUGCAAUUUCUCGAUUCCACCAGUCAUAUUUUUUAUGUUUCGAAAAAAGCUGAAGGUGGUGAGUUGUUUGAUAAAGUAUGCGCAUUUCUCGAUCUCACUGAAAAAGAUUACUUUGGAUUAUGUUUCGCCGAUGGUGACGGCAAUCAACAGUGGAUCUAUGAUGAUAAACGGAUUUCAAAGCAGUUAAAAGGUCAUCCAUGGGACUUUCAUUUUAAAGUGAAAUUUUAUCCACCUGAACCAGCAACAUUGGCAGAAGACAAGACGCGUCAUCUUUUAACCUUACAAGUUCGCCAUGAUAUUUCCACUGGCAGACUUCCAGCUACCCUUGCUACACAUGCUUUACUGGGUUCAUAUGUCGCUCAGUCUGUGCGAGGUGAUUAUGAGCCAUCCUUGCAAUAUAUCGAUUUCCUCAGAAAUUGUCAUUUAGCUCCUAUACCGAAUGAAAUAUUGUACGAAAAAGUUGAAGAACUGCACAAGAACCAUAAAGGCGAAACAUCGGCUGAAGCGGAAUUACACUAUCUGGAAAAUGUCAAGAAGCUGAGUAUGUAUGGCGUUCAAUUAUUCCAUGCAAAGGAUGGAAAAAGUACACCUGUUCAGAUUGGCAUUAGUGCUCAUGGAAUCAAUAUUUACCUUGACCAAAUUCGUGUACAUCGUUUUCUUUGGCAGAAUAUCAUUAAAAUUGGUUAUCGACGUAAUAUAUUUAUCAUCAAAGUUAAACCUGGUGAACUUGAAAAAAAUGAAUCAACAGCUGCUUUCAAAUUACCUGAUUAUGAAGCAGCAAAACGAGUUUGGAAAUGUGGCGUCGAGCAUCAUACAUUCUUCAGGUUGAUCCAGCCAGAAGAAAAGCCGCAUCGAGGUUUGUUCCGCUGGGGUUCGGCUCGAUUCCGAUAUCAGGGACGCACUCAGUUUCAGUCAAAAAUGGCUUCGCAAAUGUUCUGUAACAAUCAACCAAUUCAGCGUUCCCAGAGUGUUCGUGUGGCUCAAAAUGAUGAAAACGUUGCAAUUCCGGCUUCAUUAAGUCAUACUCUACCGUUGGUUUAUUCCGAGAAUGGGACGGGUAGGAAAUUAGACUGGAACGACAGUCAGAUAAUUUCACCCGAAAAGAUAUAUUCAACGCAUAUCGUAGAAGCUACGCAAAACAGAGAAAAAGACGCAAUACUAAACGAUGCAGAGGUGGGUAACACCAAUAAUACUUCAGGAAAACUAUUUGAUAGUGUUCAUUCAUCUGCUAUUUCUACUACUGCUAAUACUGCUAUCGCUACUGAUAGCACUGUUACUGGUCAUCAGUAUUUUGAGCAGUCUUUAUCACCUCAUAUUUCUUCACAUUCCACAAAAAUUACCCAUGAUACUAUUCCUUCUAUGCACAAAAUUAUGAAUGAUCAUGUUCACUGUCAGACGAAUAAUUCAUACGAGAGCAGCAAAUCAGAUAUAUAUGCUAUGCGAAAAGGAAAUAUGGGUUUUUUACCAGCUGAAGAUAAGGCAGUUAUCUAUCAUCCUGGACAUUAUGAGGAAGAAAUGAUUGGAAGCAAACAACUUCAUGAACCACCGGUUGAACCUGGUGAUGAUUUUGUGUUAGUUCAUAAGCCAAAAUUAGGAUCAACAGGAAAAAUAUUUCAUCGAGAUGGUACAGAAACUAACAUUCUCAUAAAAGAAGAGGAUAUUGAAGCGUAUCCAAUACAUCGAUUUGCUGAUAUAUAUCAUUCUGGUUUUUCGCGUAUCACUAGUGGUAAUAAAGAAAAUUUAAAAGCAUUUAAAAAUGAGAAAAUUUUGGAAACAGAUGAUAUUGUGGAUAAACCAAAAGCGAAUAAAGAAAAAUAUCCAACAAGUGGACAAUUCAAAGGAUCUAUUUUGCAUACGGAACGUAGUAUGGAAUUGCCAGCAGAACCAUUGAGAUCUCAUACUUAUGUUUAUAAUAAAGGAUAUUACGAUAGUAUAGAUUCCAGUCGAAAAGAUAUCGAUGAAAAUGAAAAAAGCAACAUACGAAAUUGGCUUCGUUGUUAUAAAAAAUCUGAAAAAUCUCAAGCAAAAUUAUUGAAAGAAAACGAUGCAGAAAUUAAAGGGAAGAAAUUAAUUAAUGGUGAUCAUACGAUUUGUAAAUCUGAAACUGAAAAUGAACAAGAAAAUAAAACAAAGGAAGUUCCGCUUAUUCAUGUCAAACAACCAGGUUAUGAAAGACAGGCUGUGCAAACAAGUUAUUAUAAUGUAGAAUCGUCUGAAAAAAAUCAAGGAACGGAAUAUCUGAAAAAAAGUAAAGUUGUUGCUGUUAGUGCUAAAGAUGAUAAAAGUUUUGAUAAUGAUAUAAAAGAAGAAGCGUAUGAAUCUAUGCAACCAAAGCAAAUAUGUCAUCUUUUCAUUGGCACUUCAGAUAGUUCGCAUAUUAGACCUGGAGCAUAUGGAGUACCAUCAACUUCAUAUGAUGAAUUGCUACAUAUUAUUAAAUGUGAAGAAGAGCUUCCAUUUUUACCAAUACAUGAACAUGUGAUGAUUUAUCAUUCCGGAAUAUCGGUUAUUAAGGAUAAAAAACGCCGGAAAUUUUUAAUUGGAAAAGAGCGUAAAAAAACUACAUCAAGUGGAACAUCAACCGAUGAAGAGAUACAAAGUAAUAAAGGAGAGAAGUGUAAAGCAAUUCUUGAUAUAUCUGAAGCUGAUAAAAAUGACUUAGCAGUCAUUGUUGAUGAUGCUGAAAAAAGACCAAUUGAUGAAGAAAUUAAGAGAAAAUGUAUGAUGCAUGAAAUGAAGGAAAAAGAUCAGAAAAAAGUUGAUGUUACAUCAGAUUCUGAAGUCCAAAAAAUCACUGUUAAAAAAGAUAUGAAAUUAGUUGAUUCUCAAAAUGUAAAAAAUGAAAGUACUCGUCAGAAAAUGAAAGCUAUAUUUCAUCGUAGCGAAGAUCAAAAUAAACAACGUAAUUUGAAAAAAGAAACAGCGGUUCCCAAAAAAGCUAAAGAAUCAAAUGAUGUCGAGCAGACAAUUCAACCAGCAUACAAUAUAUUGGGAGGUAUUGGUAAGUCAGUAAAAAUGUCUAAAAGGACUGAAUUAUUGGAACAAUCACAAGAUGGACAUAUUUUAGACAAUACACCUCCUCCAUUGAAACUAUCUCGAAUCAGUGAAAUUUCAUUUCAACCUUUGCAUCUUGCAGUAAAAGUACAAAAUCAAAUGCAAAAUCUAUCGCAUAAUUAUAGAACGUUUAAGAGAGCAAAGCAUAAAGGUGACGUGGAAUUUAUUGCAAAAGAAAAUAUUAAUCCUGAAAGUUAUAAACGUGAAUGUACACCAUAUCAAGGACCUUUGGAGAGCACAAAUUAUGUAAGAGGAUUACAAUUUGCUCCAAUUCAUGAGUAUUCUGCUAUAUAUCAUCCUGGUCAUACUUAUGUGAAAUCGUCGUGCAAAGUAAAUAAACGAAGGAAUACUGCAGAAUGUCAGAAUCAAGAGAAAUCUAGUAUUUUGAAGACUAAGAAAAUUGCUGCAUUGAAUCUGAACACAAAGAACUCUUACUCGAAGCAUCAUGAAGAAGAAAAAAAUAAUAACGAAUCGAAAAAUGACGAUCAAGUAACCGCUUAUGCUGCAAAGAUUAUUUGUAAAACUCCGCUAGAAGAAAGAAGAAAAGUCAAGAAGUAUUCUUUCAAAUAUCGUCGAAUUUCCGGUGAUGUUGAAAUUGUCGAGAAACCUUUUGUGAAACCUGAAGCAUACAAUCUUGUUACAAUUUCUUAUGAUACACCAGUAAGUUGUUUAGAAUGUGAAAAAGAAUUGUCAUUUACACCUCUGCAACAAUGUGUAGCGCUAUAUCAUAGUGGAUUCUCUCACAAAAAAGCAAAACGAUUACGUGAUAGUAGCACUGAAUCAAGUUCAAGUACAAGUUUCAGUAGCAGUUCUUCAACAUCAAGCACUUAUGUGUCGGAAAAAACGAAAGAAUUGAAGAAGAAAGUUAUGUUACAUGUUAUUUCAAAAAAACAUAACACAAAUGAUGUUACAGUUGAAUCAUCAAAGCACAAAAGAAUUUUUCCAUUCUGGCGUAAAACAAUUCAUAGUGAGAAAGAAGGAAAAUUUGCAGAUGAUAAAAAAGAGAAAUUGGAUAUUUCAUCAAAAUUUCAUCCUAUUCAGCAUCAACAACAAUCGAAUAUUUCAGUUGAUUGUACUGCAAGUCAAACAACAUCUUCACCUUCACAAAUUAUUACAACAACAGUAUUAAAAAAGGAUCCUGUAGAAAAAACCGAUACUAGCUUACAUGUAAAAAAUGAAAAUAAAAAAUUAAAUACAAAUCUCUAUAAAAAGGAGCCAUUAGGCACUUCAGAAUAUGAUGAAAAUAAUGGUAAACGUGGAAAGUUUGGUCUAUUUCAUUUUUGGCGAUCAACAGACAAGGAAAACAAUUCGAAGAAAUUUAGCUCUUCUGUUGCUGAUAUGAAUAAUUAUUCUAAUGAGGAACCUAUGAAUCAUACUACUAAUUUGGAUUCAUUCCAUAGGGAAACAAAUAUUCGAUUAACUACAAAAGGCAAAAAGAAACCGAUUACAUAUAUUAUUGAAAAAGAUAUAUCAACAACCGAUGUAAAAACGAAUGAAUUGGCUCCUUCGAUAAAUAUGAAGGACGAUUCUUUAAACCAUACUUCAUCAUCAGAUCAAGCAAAUAUUGAGAUGAAAAAGAAUACUUUCAUUCAUCUUAAAUGUGAUACUGAGCUUGCUGAUGAUUCACCAUUGAAUUCAAACAGUAAUGCUGGAAUAUUAACGUUAACUGGAAUAUCAUCUCCAAGGACUAAUGAAGAUAGUAAAUCAAGUAACACUGAGAAAUCGCAAUUAAUGGACAAGGAAAAUAAUAUUCAUUCAUGUGAAAGCACUGAUGAUUCAAAUGAAAAUAACUUAAAAAAGCAUGGGAAACGUGAUUAUGUUGGAUAUAUAGCAAAAGUUAAAGUUAAACAAGAAAUGAGAAAUGUUGAUGAAAAUUUACAGCAAAGUUCAAAUUUAAGAGCGAAAGAGAUAAAUACGUCAGACAAUGGCGUUAAUAAGAGACCUAGCUUCAUAGUAAAAGGAUUUCAUCUUCGUGGUCCACCAGGUGAUUCAGAGCCAAAAACUGCAUCUCAUAAUGGUACCAAAUAUAAGCCUGAAAAAAAUACGCUCAUAAGUGAAAAUGUAGAAGCUAGUGGAGUUGGAAUGACGAACAUACAUGAAGCGAUUUCCACUGAUAGCGCUAAUAAUAAACCGAUUGUACGUAAAGAAGUUGUUGAAUUGAAAGUAAAGAAGAAAUCAACUGGAAGUGAUGUUACCUUGAAGGAAAAUAAGAAAGAUAAUGGUAAAAAUAUCAAGGGUAAUUUUUUCUCUUCAUUUUGGCGUGGUAACAAAUCGGAUGAGCACCAAAAACAACAAAAGAUGAUUGAGAGAAAUGUUCACGAAACUGAAGUAACACCGGUAGAAAUGACAUCACCAAGCAAUGAAUUAGAAUACAACAUUCUGCGAACAAAAACUAUGGUUGGUUCGAUCAAACCUUCAUCAGAUAUUGCUCAUGUUGAGCAACAAACAAGACAAAAAGAUUUUAUUCCGGUUUAUGAUUUCUCAUUUGUCCCUAGUUUUCCGGAUGAUACAAAGCUGGCUACCGAAACAACUGUAAGUAAUGUGAAAAAGCAGAAUGGAUUGAUCCAAGACUCAAAUGAUGGAAUAGUAACUGACAAAAUUACUAGUGAAACUGGAGAACAAAGAGAUGGUAAAUUGAGGGAAUUGCUUAGUUAUCAUUCGAAGGACAUGGAAGAGUGUAAUGAUAUGCUCGCGUCCUCAGAAGAUCAGAACGAUAAUUUGAGAGAGGAGCAGUCUACAGUUGACAUGGCAAAACAAACUUCGAUGGAAAAGACGUUUGUUACGGAAUUAUCCUGGGAAAAGUUGAAUACAGAAACGGCAAUAGAGCUGGAAACUUCUGAAGCUGAAAAGUUAUUCCAUCGAAGUGGAAUAAAUGCCGGUGAAGCAUUAGAUGAGCCAUUCAAAUUUACUCAGACGCCUCCAGAUAUUCCAGUUCUAGAGGCUCAUUCAACAGAUCUAAGAAGACCAGGUGGUUUUGUGGAGCAAAUCGAACGACAAGUAAUGCAGGUAAUUACCAAAACAUCACCAUCAUCAGAUAUUGAGAAGUCGAAGAAAGAAAAGAAGACAAGUGCAUUGCCGCGUGAAAGCGAAAAUUUUAAUGCAUCUGAAAUUGAAAUUGUUUCACAUGAUUCUCAUGCGGACAAAUCUGAUUUCACUGGUGAAUUACUACCUGAAGAAGCAAAACUAGACGAUCAACUGGUGGAGUUGAAUGUGGACAUUGUACCAGCCAUUCAUCCGACUAAUAUUGAUGUUUCGCUACCUUAUACAUGCGUUGAAAUGUGGCAAGAAACAAUAAAUGAACCUAAGGCAGUGGUCACUACUGUUGAUCAUCAGGGAAAUAUUACUAAGAAGACUAUUAAGAAGCAACAAAUGACACACACUAUGCAUCAGCAAACAUAUCAAGCUUCUAAUGCUUCGAGUCAAAAUGGAGAUUUUGAUAUAAGUGUGAUUGACGCAUCUAAGAAGUUAUUUGCACUUAAUGGUAAUGAGAAUAUGACAAGUUUACAAGCACCGAUUGUUGAGACAGUUGAUAAUAAACUCACUUGUGAACCAGCGAAUGAUAUCGACAAAAUUAAUGGGAAUGAUUAUUCGGAUAUUCCAGGGGAAUUGGUUUCCAGUCAUACUGUUACACAAGGCAAUCGUACCAUCGAAACGAUAACUUAUAAGACUGAGAAAAAUGGUACCGUCGAAACUCACGUUGAACAUCGCGUGACUAUUCAUUCGUGUGAUGAUAUUGAUCAUGAUGCCGAACUGAGUCAAGCAAUUUUGGAAGCGACUAAUAUGAAUCCAGAUAUGACAGUUGAAAAGAUUGAAGUGAAACAUGAAUCACAAUGUUAG